UGCUGCUCUCCAUUUUCUCUCCCUGUUCCUCUUCGAUUUACGACUUCUUGCAAGGCUAGCCAGUUCGUCGGAAACCAGAGAGAUGAACUGUGUUACGCUAAAGUUAAGUUGAUCAUCGCAAAAGGGUGGUACACUCUUCCAGGAAGCUCUUUUCCGCACAGUAUCCGUCUGGAAUCCGAGAUAAUACAAGCCGUUUUAUCACAAUCAUGUUAGGAAACGAAACGUAGCACUCGUCUCGUACUCAAUCGGUCCUUGUUUAAUUUCAAUUGUUCCUUGUUUCUCAUCGUACAACAUUAUGCGUUAUAUCAAUUUUAUCCUUAUCGCAAUAGCAAUUUUUACGAGAUUUUUUCUUAUCUAAUAAACUGAACAUGUUAACCUAGAAUGUGUUAGCCGAAUAUAAAUCUUGCGCGAAAUUUACACAAUCGAUCCGUCCAAUUACACGUUGUCAAGCACUGAAUAUUUUUCGAGAAUGUAGAGUAAUAUGAUAACGGAGAUGUCCCGCUGAAGCAAUACGUAAAGUGCAUUGGUACCGUAGUCCCGUAGCGAUGCAAUCCUGCGGUGACAAAAGUAAUCGAGCGUAGGGAAAAUAAUUUCUCACAAUAAAUCUUCUUUAAUUUUGAAUCUUCUCACGUGACACUAUAUUCGGGAAUUCGUCGUAAAUAAAAAUUUCAUCAUGGAUGUAUCCGCUUUUUCCGAGGAUACGUUCGAUGUCAAAGAUUGGAUUAAUAAAACGUUCAAGUCCGCUGAAGCACAAGAGAAUAAAGAUGCGUUUGUCUCGUCGUUGGUGAUGAAGUUGCAAUUGUAUGUGCAACAAGUCAACGGUGCCUUAGAGGAAACCAGUCAAUCUAUUCUUUCAAGUUUACCAAGAGUUUUAAGAGACACACAGCUUUUACAGCAAGAAGCGUUAGCACUUAUGGAAAAGAUGGUUGCUGUUAAACAUGAAAUAGAAAAGGUGGAAAAAGAUACUGCCUCCUCAAUGGCAACAUUAGAGAGGAUAGACAGGAUAAAAACGGACUUGCAGAAUGCCAAGCAAGGUUUACAUGAGGCUGAUAAUUGGAGUGUGCUAGCUAACGACGUUGAAGAGGUGUUUGAAUCGGGAGAUAUAGUAGCUAUUGCAAAUAAAUUGUUCAGUAUGCAAAAGUCCUUGUCUAUGCUUGUAAAUGUCGUUGAUUACGAGGAUAAAAAGUUGCAGUUAGAAGGUUUAAAAAAUCGCUUAGAGGCAAUGGCUAGUCCAAAAUUAGUUCAGGCAUUCACUGCUGCUAAUUUGGAGCAGUCAAAAAUUUAUGUGGAUAUCUUCAGCAAAAUGGAACGUUUGCCACAACUUCUCAAGUAUUAUCACAAUUGUUUAAAAGUAUCACUAGGUCAAGAAUGGCGGAGAACAAUCGAAUUGGCACAGGACGAAAAUGUUUCUUACUGGCUUCAUAUUUAUUAUGAUAAAUUAUUAUCUACCUGGAACGAUCAGGUGAAGUGGUAUCAUCAAGUAUUUCCCAAUACAGCGAUUGACGUGAUAAUUGAGGUAUACGCUGAUCUUUUGCGAAGUUUAGAUCCAGGAAUUCCAGAAUGUAUAGAGGCGAUAUUGAAGCAGCAUUCGACAGCUAUGCAAUUAUCAUUGUUACUUGAACUUAAACAAAUUACGAGACAUUUUGCGGUAAAUCUGCAAGGCGCGAUUGAAACGUCGUCCCAUGGGAAAUUGCAAAAUCAGAAACUGUUAUCGUUAGCGCAAGCCAUCUACGCGCCUUAUGUUCCACAUGUUACAAAGUAUAAUAUCUAUGAAACAGCUCAGCUCGAGUCUCAACUUCAAUCGAUGAAAUCUACACAUGAUGAUUUAAGCGACACGAUCAAUGUUCUUUCUCUUAGUAUUUCCAGAAUAAUGGAAUACGCAAACGAAGCUAAUAAAAGAUGUAAACUUUUUACGGAAGGCUGUGGUUACCCCGGAUUACUGAAAUCGUUGUCUAGUUACUUCAACAAAUGUCUUGAAAAAUAUCAAGCUGCUAUAUGGCAAUUAGAGCGCAAAAAAGUAAAACACGAAGAUUGGAAUUUGUUCCAAAUGUGCCUUACUCUAAUGCAAACUAUAGGUGAUCUUUUGGGACAGAUUCAACAGUUCGAAAAAUCGCUGGUAAUUGAUAUCACUGAGGCUAAUAAUAAGUUGCAAAGCACAAAUGUCAGUGUUUUUAAUCAGUAUAAGAAGUUACUUUUAAAUGCAUCAAGUCAAACCGACUUGGAGAACUUAGUCUUAUCAUUCCAAAAGGAGGAAGAAACAAUUCUAGAUCCCAUAAUAAAGUCUAUCCAUAAACUUUGUUCGGACUUACACCGCGCGACAUACGAAGUAAUCUUUGCACCAAUCUUUACACAGUUAUUAUUGGUGC